AUGGUCUCUGGAGGAAGCAAUCCGACAUGGCCAUCGACAAUUGAGCCAACACAGCGAUCUGGCAAAGACAGUCAUAAUGUCGAACCCUGUGUCAAUGGCCAUGUCGGAUUGCCCUUGACGCGUACUACUAGCAAACUCUCGUCGUCCAGCAGCAACUACGACAGCGCAGGGGUCAUCAGCGCCAUUCUGGAUCGACCGGCCGAGCCGAAGAGUGGUACGACCACUCCGUGCAUCGAGGAGGAGGCACUGCCGUGCACCACCAACAUAUUGCCGAGCGAGUAUGUUCCAACGGUCUUCGACAACUAUGCCGUGACCGUCGUUGGAGGCGGUCAAACCAAUUACCACACACUGGCAAAGCUCAACGCCUUGAAGCGCCCGGCGGGCUCGAAGACUGCACUGAACCGCCCGGCAUUCAGAGACGUGGCGCAGAACAACCCACGGCCGCGUCACUCCAGCCGACCUGUCUACCAUUGUCGACGGUCGCGAGUCCACGCUCGUACAGGAGCCAAUAUCCUAUCGCAAGGCUCAUUCCCACGGCGAAUGCGAAUGCUCUGGUUGACAGAGACGGAGGAGCGUUACGUCGGCAUGCCGGCCCAACCUUCCUGGCAAUCAAAGGCCUUCGGCAACAUUUCUAGCAACCAUAACAAGUGCACCUGGCAUGGCAUCACGUCAGUCUACCGUCGCCAGCCUCUCCGCGACGUCAUCCGCGGUCAUUCGUUGAAAGAGUGGAAAAAGCAGCGUAAAGAAAGAAAGCGUCAAGCUCAGGCGGAGGUGGCUGCAAGAGCCAUCGCAGCUGGAGUGUCGGCCGCGCGACUUCUUCUAAGACCAGAUGUCUUCAGCCUUGCUAGCGACCUGAAGAAAGCCUCCCUGGCACGAGUAUCAGACAAGUCUCAUGCCAGGGAGGCUUUCUUGAGUCGAAUCAUCUCAGGCAUCGGCGUCUCGAUUGCGACUGCACCGGCCGAGGAGUAG